CAAAGGAUCCAUCUAGGCGAUGCCGACUAGUUGAGAUUAGUUUUUUGUUGUUACAGAUUGCAGAAACUGAGGAUGCAAGAAUUGUCAGAGAAUUUGCUGAGCUAGUGGAUGCAAGUGAAGCUUAUCUUGCCCUGAAUGGGGAAGAAUCUUCUGAAGCUCAAUCUCAGGAGAAGCAUGUAGCAGCAACCAUAUCAGAGAGGUUUAUGGGGAUGAAAGCUGCUGUUAUCACUGAAAAUUUAAGACUGAAGAGUUUCUGCAAUAAGCUUGGCUUCACCGUCUUAGAGCUCAAUGAGGUAAUUAGUAACAUUAAUAACCAGGUUGAUUCAUCCGCCUUUGCCUCUGAAUUGUUCAAGUUGCUGGGGUUUCAAGAAGGGAAGACCUUAGAGUCAAGCCAAUUUGAUUUGGUUAUUCUUCAUGUUGGAGCUGGUCAAACGACAAACUGCCUAAAAGAUUUGGAUCUUGUCAAUCGAUUGGUUGGUAAUUUGGUGCAAAUGGCACAUCCUGGAACGGAAGUAGGUUCUAGGUUGCACAUGUCAGUUUUGUUGAGCUAUGGUGCUGUUCAUGAGUCUGAUGAUUCCACGUUUUCUAUUGCUGACAGUAGACAAGAGAAUAACUCUAAACUCUCUCUUAUUUUCCCUCGUCAAAGUUAUACAAUUAAAGAAGGAAAACCACGACCAAAUGUUAGGCAGCAUUGCCCCAUAUUAGUGGCCCAGUGGCAGAAUGCUGUCACUCGGAAGGAUAUGGCAGAAGCAUAUUCAUAUGAGGAUUUCAAAGAGGUAUUCAAACAGAUUCCUUUCACUGCUCAGAAAUAUGCUGACACAACUAAGGAGAAUGAUUCAUGCUCUUCUACACUUGUGUUCCUUUUAAAUGCACUAGGCAUUUUUAACACUUAGAAAAUCUCCUAAUUU